CUUUGCUAAACGUUGGAGAUUAACACAUGUGUGCUCUCAUGACUCUUCAGUGUCUCUGCAGGGUCGAUCACUGAUAGACAAACACUUGAGAGAAAAGUCUCAGAUACCAUCAGAGGCAGGAAUUGAACCAACAACCCUGGGAUUCCAGUGCUGAAAACAGUUCACAGGUCUAGGACGUCGCUUCACUGCUCAACACGUUGUGGGUUCAAAUCCCACUCAAGGUAAGUGUCCUCGUCUGUCCCCUCUUUAAAGGACACAUGUCUCACACAUGUGUGUGUGUGUGUGUGUUUGUGAACGUAUGCAUCUGAUGAAGAAAGAAAGAGGCCGCUGUUCUUUUGUCUGUGCUCUUGUAUGUUCGCUCACAGUGAGUCUUCACCGCGAUCACGUGACACGUGCAGUGAAGUCUGUGUUUUACAGAGAACGAUCACCGUCACUGUGACACAGAGAGAAACCCCAUAACUGACGGAUUCUCCGUGUGUGUGUGUGUGUCUCAGUGCCGGCCCAUGUGUCCACUCACACCACAGAGACGGUGGUGGGUGUGGCGGGGCGGAAGGUCAUGCUGCCAUGUCGGGCGGAGGCGGAGAAGCAGAGGGACGUGGAGGUGUGUUGGGGGAGGGGCGAGCCGUCCGUCUUCACCUGCCACAACACCGUCAUCUACGCCACAGGAGACAAGAUCUCCUACAGGAGGUCGUACAGAGUUCAACUGCCCGGCCUUUUCAACGACCAGACGACCAGCGUUCACCUCAUCAUCACCAGCUAGACGGUGGUGGGCGUGGCCGGGCGGAAAGUCAUGCUGCCGUGUCGGGCAGAGGCGGAGAAGCAGAGGGACGUGGAGAUACUCCCUGUCCUCAUCCUCGUCUCUGUCCAUCGCCCUCACUCGUCCAUCAGACUCUGGCUUUUAUCACUGCAGAGUUCAACUGCCCGGCCUUUUCAAUGACCAGACGACCAGCGUUCACCUCAUCAUCACCAGCUAUCUGUCUGUCCUCCCUGACAGUGAGGACAGGACUUUCACUGAUGUUAGAGCAGCUACAGGAGUCCAGAGAGGACAAACAGGGGACACCACAGGAGACGUGACAGCAGCAGACACAGGAAGUGAUGUCACCGCCACCACACAGCCAAUGACGGCGCUGGUUCAGUCUGUCCAGCAGAAGCAGCAAGUGAAUGGUCCGCAGAUGUUCAUAGGAAACACACUGAGACUGUCCUUCAUCAUCUUCAUCCCUGUUCUGCUGCUGACUGCUGCCUACAGAGUGUGGGGGUGUGGUCAGAGAGCAAAGACUGACAGGAGGCUCAACCAAUCAGAGGACGGGGACAUACACACCUGUGUGUAGACAUGCACACAUUUGUUUGUUGUUAUUGUCAAAUGGUCUUCAUUAUAUUAUUAAUCAAUCAUUCACUUAAAAAACAAGAAAAGGUUUUUGUUCCAGUUGGGCUUCCGUACUUUCUGUCGUCACCGUGAACCUGUUGUGGUUUUUCCUGUGCGUUUGGUUUCCAUGGCGACAUGUUCAAAGUGAGUUCUCUGUGUUCUGAUGGUAAACAGAUCAAUAACAUGUAAUAUAAUAAAUAAAAUAAAAAUCA